AUGGGUGAAUUCUUUCGAUUAAUGUUCGAGAGCUUGCGACGACAACGACAACGAGAGCUUGCUAACGAUGCGGCAAGUCUUGCCGCCGUUUCUCACACAUGGGCUUCACUCGCGGCAAGCUUUCGAAGAUCAAUCGAAGACGCUAGCGAAAGUGGAGCGAAGAUCACAGAGACAGUUGAUCUAGAUACGCAACACGGCCCAUCACUCAGCGAACAGAGACGUACGCUAGAGAGUAGACAUGCAAUCGCUCUCGGAGAGCAGGAGCGUCAGCACCGACGCGAAUUCGAUAGCGCUCUUCAGAAACAGAAGCAGCAAUCCGACGAAGAACGAUACAACGCUCUUCAGGAGCAGAAGCAGCAGCUUGAGAGCGAAAGAGACAUCGCCCUUCAGGAGCAGAAAGCUCAGCUUGAGCAGAAGCUGGAAGAGGAACUAGACUUUGCCGGAGAACUCCUCAUGCGAGAGACAGAAGGUAACGACUUCACCCUGCAGCAGUUGCUGAAUUGGAUCACGAAGGCUAGCCAGUACUUUGGCUUCGAGCUGUCAGAAGACAUCGAUCCCAUCUGCAAGAUAGAGCAGUUCGCUCUCCUAGCAAGGCUCAACACCUCCAGGAUGUGUCAAGCCGCGUUUAAUGAGUUGUCGCAUCGUCUCAACGUUCCCCUAGAAAGGUGGCCUUCAGUUUCGGAGCUCCUUGACCAAGAGCAUACCGAUGAAUAUAUGGCAGUCCUCACUAGCCAGGUGGACAUAAUAGUCCAAGCCUGCGAGGAUAGAGUCGACACAGAACAGUGCUGCACUACCGAUGCACAACGCGCUUCACUCAUCUCAAAGUUAAAGGUCACAGAGCAGGUCAGUAGGACCAUCGGAGUCCUGAGAGGGCAGAUAGCAGCGAACGACAAGUUAUGGGCCGAGGUGGUCUCAAGAUCAGAGGCGUGCUUGGCCGCGAAAGAUCAACACAUCGAUGCCCUAACAGAGCGUCUCAGAUUGCAGACGCAGAUGCUAGAUGAGAGACACGUCCUACUAUUGCAGAUGGCAGAUACAGCUGCAGCAUCAGUAGGGUAG